AAAUCGGUGACGUCAGUUUUGUUAAACGCGUGAGAAGUAGCGCCGCUGUGUUGCUCCAAAAAAUGAAAUAAUUAUCAUAUAAAACGAAGUUGUUGGUGGGUAGAAAUAGCACCAAAAGUUAGCCAUACUCUCAGUGCAGAUGCGAAGCAGCGGUAUAAAAGUUAUAAAGAAAAUUAAAAAAAUCAAGAGAGCACAGUACCAACGACGGCUUAAACGCUUUUUCUUGGACCGGUCGAGCAUCGUGACGGAAGAAAAAUGUCCCAGCCGGAGAGCAUCGGCGAUGUCAUAGAGACGCGGCGCCGUUCGCGCUCGAAAACUCCAAUGAUGAACCUGCGCGUCAGUUCUGAUCGCGAGAAUGGCGAGUCUUCCCCGGCCGGCAACAGGAAGGUCCGCAAAACGCCCACCGUUGAAGCGAUCGACGAAAGCGACGAGCAGCCGUCCUCACAAAAAUCAUUAGCCGCUGCCGGCGGGCAACCCCGUUCAACGGCCAUGCGUAAGACUCGUAUCGUCACAUCCGACUACUCGUCGGAUGACGUUUCGCCGGAUCGUGUGCAAAAGGCGUUGGCUGUCGUUCAGAAAAUACAAAAGUCCGGGCAGCUAUCACAGUCGGCCGUUACCACGACGACGACGCAGGUCACUAGAACUUUCGAGUCGAAAACGGUGUUGGUGCAGGGUCAGGGCGUCGAUCAGCAGGAAAAUGUGGUCUCCGUCAAAACCAGUAGCGCUGGCAAUUCUUCCGCGGACAAGGAGUCUACGGUGGCAAAACAGGCCACAACGGAAUCACCAAAGAAAGCCACCAGCUCACCAUCGAAGCCGACUCCGCUAACCGGUGGAACUAAGCAGCAAGAGGAGGUGGUUUCCGUGGCAACCAGCAAGAAGACAAGUACAACCGUUGGGGCAAGCAAAGCAACCGUUGCUGGAGGUGCCGGUAGGAUCUGUACCAGCACGCCGAAAAAUGCCCAAACCUUUAAGGCAGCCACAGCGAAGAUUGUCCUAACACCGGAGGAGCUACAGCAACAUGCGGCCUACAAAGAGUACCUGGAAGCGGGCGAGUACUGGAACAAGUACCCGAAGACGGACUACACCUAUUCGGAGCUGUCGCCGCAUCGUCGCGAGGUUGCGCCUGGGCUAGUUGCGAUGCCCAACAUGUCCCGGCCUAGCCUGAACAAGCACGCCGAGCGGGUGCAGACGAUGAUCGAGCGUAAUCCUACGCAGGAAGCGUUCAUACGCCAACGGUACACAUCCGCCCGAAGUAGUGGGAUGUUUGUGCCCUCCGAUCCGUACGAUUCGACCGAGGAAGUGGACAGUUACCUGCGUCAGGGUAACCAACGGCACCAGCGUCAAACGAUCGUGAACCAGCAGCAGUCGAUCGUCAGCCGUUUCUUCCUGUCAAUCGUUACGUUCUUCUUUACCUGCUUCGACUCCGUGCGUAGUGUCUUCCGGCGUCGCGACGAGGAGUACCAAUACUACACACGCAUCGAGGAUGAGCGAGGCUUUUUUGCCCGCGCCUAUAGUUUGGUUUCUUCAUUUUUCAUCAACGUGUUCAAGCGCAUCUACCUGCUGAUUUCUUCCGUGCUGUUUCUGGACGCCUGGCUGCUGCAGACGAGCGCAAGGAACGUGGAGCAACAGCAAGCUGGCCAACGAAAGCGUCGUUUUUUGCUGUUCUUGUUGGUUUUGCUCCCGUUUUUGCUGAUCGGAGCUUACCUACUGGCAGAUGGGAAGGAAACAAUCGUGCUUCCGGCUUCAUCCCGCGCUACACUAGCCCUAUCGUCCCUUUCCCGGAUCCUUCCAUCAGGCAUCGAUCGGAGUAUGGAAUGGGACGGAAUAAAAUCGUUCUAUCGUUCCGUGGCGAAUGUCACCGCAAUUCCGGUAUGGAUGGAAUCCGUGCGGUCGUUAGUACCAUCGUUUGGCUGGCUAACGGUAUUCUCCUGGCCCUGGAGUUGGUCUUGGUGGUGGUGGCCUCGAAGUGGCGGUACCAACGACCAUGAAUCGUUCCGUUCGACGCUCCAGCGAACACUCAGUGCGGAAGAGUACGAUGCCCUGAUGCGUCAUAUUGACGUGUAUAUCGAUGGUUUGAUGGAGCAAAAGUACGCGUCCCGAGUGGAAGCGGUGGAACGGGAGCAGGAAAGGAUGAAGGCAUCACCAACAACGGGGUCACUUGCGCCUGAACUAACCGUACACGUGGCGAACGUUAUCGAGAAAAGUUUGAAACAGUACAACUACCACCUUACGGAUGCCGAUGUGGAUCUUGUGGCGGAGAAAGUUCGUCUCGUGCUGGAAGCAACUCAUCCACUAUUGUUCACACGACAAUCAGAGAAAAUUGUUGAACAGCAGGAGAAGGAUGCCGGAGGGAAGGUAGUACUGAGCAAGGAAUAUCUAACCGAAAUUCAGCGGCUAGUGGAGCAGCAGAUUACGGUGCACAACAAUCAUUAUGUCAUCACUGGGUCACAACUCGAAGAGCUUCUCACGCGGAUACUUUCAUCCGAUCGGUUACUCGCCUUGAUCGACGCACGAGCUACAGUCAACGGGGAACGCAUGGUCAAGGAAUUCCAGGCGACAGCGUCGGUUGUGGAUCAACAACGGCGCGAUGCAUUGGUGGACGAUUUGCGCAAAGAACUGAACGAUAUUAAGGCACACUUUAGUGAGCAACUGUUGAGCAGUAGCGUUCAAUGGGAAGCAAGGUUAGAGGCGCUUAAGGCAAACCAAGGGCAGCUCGGUGAUCAACUACGUGCCUAUCGGUUAGAGCACAACGAACUCUACCAAAAGCUGCUGGCCGAUAUCGACGGCCGGUUGACCGCUUUGCGUCAAGAGCGCUACGAAGGAGUGAACAGUGCGGUCCGAGAGCACAUCAUCACCAUCUUGGGGCUGAACGUGAAGCAGGACAUCGGGGACGGGGAUUUGCGGGCGUGGAUUAGCGGGCUGUUUGUGGCACGGGACGAUCUCGAGCGGCGGUUGGAGGAAAUUCAGGCGAAGGUUGGCAUGGAUGUUCGUGAAGAGAUCGAAAGAACCGCGGGUCGGUUGAUGAAAGAAAUCGGUGAAAAGAUGCGCGAAGAGAUGUUGCUCCGAUUGGACGAGGUACGGAAAGAAGUGUCGGAUACAAAGAGCACUGCAACGGACGCGGUGGAAAGUAAAUCCACCGGAGCGGAAGAGGGUGGUACAGACUCGAGGAAAUCGUCGUCAACGCUUACCGAGGACGACGUGAAGCGGAUCGUGCGUGACGCUUUAACCGUGUACGAUGCCGACAAGACCGGCAUGGUGGAUUAUGCUCUCGAAUCGGCCGGCGGGCAGGUGCUGUCGACUCGUUGCACCGAGAACUAUCAGGCCAGCUCGGCCGAGUUUCGGAUAUUUGGCAUUCCCAUCUGGUACCCAUCCAAUACGCCCCGGACCGUCAUUUCACCCACCAUGGAACCGGGCCAGUGCUGGGCGUUCCAAGGGUUUCCCGGGUAUCUGGUCAUACAAUUAAAUACCGAGAUAAUCGUGACUGGUUUCACGCUGGAGCAUAUUUCCAAACUGCUUGUUGCGAACGGAUCUAUUAGCUCUGCCCCGAAGCACUUCACGGUUUGGGGACUGCAAGAACUAAACGACCCCGAUCCGAUUCUGCUGGGUAGCUACGAGUACCUGGACAAACUGGGUAGCAGCGUGCAGUAUUUCCCGGUGCAGAACAAGGACUGGAGCCAACCGCUUCAGAUCGUGGAGCUGCGUAUCGAGACCAACCAUGGUAACAUUCGCUACACCUGUCUGUACCGGUUUCGAGUGCACGGCGAGAAGGUGUAGGCAGAAAGGGGUGUUUUGCUUGCUAUUUCUUCACCACACUAAGUCACCGGCAGCUAGAAUAUCGGCCAGCAGCCAGCCCCAGCCUCCGCCCCACCUUCUAACCAAGAGGUCCUGGAACAGCGGUAUGCAGCCGGCCUGCCGUUUGUUAAGCUGAUUGCGUUAGUUUUAAAAAUAUUGUAUGUAUUUAUUCUCCGAUUAUGAUGAGAAUUUUUAACUCUGUUUGUUUAAUACGUAAUUUUCUGUUGCGGUAAGUCUUAUUGUAAAUGUGUUUUGUCCGGUACCAGCUGGAAUGAGCAGUGUUUGUUUUAAUAUUAAUUUACUUAGUUAUAUUGUGAUAUUCAAGUAUCACAGUUUCGUGUAACAGCCCCAUCAAUCAUACCAUUGAUUAUAUUUUACAUAACCUUAGUUUUCUUGUUAAACAAUAAGCUCUCAAUGCAAAACAAAACAAAAACAACUUACCCUUUUCCUUUGUUAUUGUUUUCCUUCUUUUCUGUUACAAAAGCUCAUUUUUCUUACCAAAAGUAAUGAAACCGUAAUGUUUCUGUACAGCUUUUUUUUUACUAGUUUUCACUAACCAAAGGUAUUUUUCAUAACGAUGUAAGAACUAACAAAAUGGAUCAAGUUUUUCGCAAAUCUAACAAAUAUUAACACAUUUCAUCCGAGACCUACGUUAGGUAAACAUAAACUACUAAUAUUGGUCUGGACCUUAUCCAUUCUUUUUUUUUUAACAUAUAUCCUCGCAGGGGUUGUCUACACUUUAUGUUGAGGAUUUCUCUCGUUAGCUCUUGUAUACUGCCCUACUGUGUGUUUGUCCAUUUAUGUAAACUGUGUUAAAGUACGUUUAGUUUCUAUCGGUAGAGACAAACGAGGCCUAACGAAAGUGUGAAGCAAAACGUAAACCAGAGAUGCCUUAGGAUUGCUGCUUAAAAACAUAAUGCUUAAUACAAACGAUUGUAAUGUCCUAUAGAUGAUAGAAAACAUAGAUUUUCGGUCAUAUUAAUCAGUUUUCCCUUCAAAAUGCUAGUUUCUCACGUUUGUUUAGGUUAUAACUUAGGUUCUCCCAUCUAAACUCAAUAAUUUUGGCGAAAAUAAUUAAACGUAGAUAUUAAACAUUUGGUCCAUUCCUGAUAGCAAAAGACUCCGUUUAGUUUUCCAAAAGUUCCACAGUCUUAAGAGAGAGGUAGGGAGCAAUAUUUGUACGUAGUUUUUUUUAAACAAUAAAGAUUAAUACUUGUAGAAAAGAUAUUAGUACAAACAUCAUGUCAACAGAAAUGUUUAAAGAUAUUGUUUGAAUUGGUUUU